GGCCGGGCCGGGGCGGUGUGGGGUUCGCUCGGACGCGCGGGGCCGCCCGCGGGCGGGGGUGUGGGGGCUCCGUCCCGGGCCGCCCCCAGCCCCGCUUCCCCCCGGCAGGAGCCGCCGCCGCCCGGGGCCGCGGGAGCAGCCAUGCAGGGAGGCAUCACCAUCACAGAGCAGCCGGUGUCCGUCUCGGUGCCCGUGGGGUACGCGGUGACGCUGCGGUGCCGUGCCGAGGGCCACACGGCGCUGCGGUACCAGUGGUUCUGCCAGCACCAGUCCAUUUGCCGGCUGAUUCCUGGGGCCACUGAUCCAGACUUGCUCAUCACCGCGCAACAGACCCAGCUCUACACCUGCAGGAUCAACGACCGCAACAAAACUGCUGUCUUCUCUGACUGGGUGAAGGUGGAGGUCCACCAGUGUGUGGCCAGAGGAUUGCCCCCUCAGCUCUGGCAAGGAGAACCAGUCAUUGUCCUCAACCCCACAGAGCAGAGGCUGGAGGUGGGGAAGCCGCUCCAGCUGCAGUGUGCUGCCAUGGGUGUCCCAGCUCCCAGCUACCAGUGGUACCGGAAUGGGAACCUGCUGGAACACCAGAAGAAGAAAAAACUCUGGGUAACGUUGCCUUGGGAUGGUUCAGAACCUUUGGCUGCUGAGAUCAGCCCUGCGACGGUCAGUGACGCUGGCACGUACCUCUGCUGCGCCUCCAACAGCCUUGGCGAGCACUGGACCAGCGCCGUGGACGUCCACCUUGGUGUGUGUGACCCUGAAGAGUUUUUUGCUACAGGCAAGAUCGCACUUUUGGUGGGCAACAACCGCUACCAGCAUCAUCCCAACCUGAUGGCUCCCGUCACGGAUGUCUUUGAGUUGAGUCGUCUUCUGGAGCAGCUGGGCUUCCAGGUUGUCUCCCUCCUGGAUCUGAACAAGGCUGAGAUGGUGGCAGCAGUCAGUCAGUUCCUGCAGCUCCUGGGAAAGGGAGUCUACGCUAUAUUCUACUAUGCUGGUCAUGGGUACGAACAUUCGGGAAGGAACUACAUGGUCCCCGUUGAUGCUCCACAACCCUACGUCCCUGAGAACUGUAUCAGCGUGCAGAGGAUCCUCCAGAAGAUGCAGCAGCAGCGGACAGCCCUGAACCUCGUCCUGCUGGACACCUGCAGGAAAUGGUACAACCGGCAGUGUGCCCUCUCCCAGGUGCAGCCGCUGGAGCCCUGGGGCAACACCGUUUACGGCUACGCCACGUGCGAAGAUGCUGAAGCCUAUGAGUUACAGGAUGGAGAGUACAGCUCUGGGAUCUUCAUGAAGUAUCUGAAGAAACACAUUCUGCAGAACAAGAAGGUUACGCAUAUGCUGGAAGAUGUGUUAGAAGACAUUGGUCGGGAUCCCUUGGUCACUGGGAAGCAGGUGAUGGAGAUCAAACACACUUUGAAGGAAGCCCGGUCACUGACAGACCCAAUCUGUCCUUUGGGAGCAACUGCUGAGCGCUGGGGCCAUGGCCACGAGCUGGGGAGCGAGAUGGUGACCUUCCCCUGCGGGGUGCGGGUGGAGCUGCACUUCCCCCGGCUCUUCUCCAACGUGGUGUCCGUGUGCGCCAAGUUGCAGCCACCCCCAGCCCACGUCGCUGAUGCCCGGCUCCGGCUCUGCUGGCCCUCCGAGAUGGACAGUGUGGCGGUCCUGAAUGAGAGCCGCCUGGAACAAGUGGAGUCUCUGCUCACCUCUUUGUACAAGCGGGAGGAGCUGGACUGUGUCUUGCAGCUCUGUGGACUACAGAAAAUCCAGAUGGACGUGGUCCUGCAGCUGGAUUUGCAUUACACCCACCUGCGAACGAGGCAGAGGACUUUGGAAAGCCGGCAGACAACGCUCCCCAAACCUCUGCUCUGGCAGUGUUUCAGCCAGAGGAGUCGCUCCCCGCCGAGCACCCCUAGAACUCCUGUGCCGGACCCAAAGGGGCAGGCGUCGCUGCGGAUGGGCUCCAGCCACAGCUUGCCCAGCGGCAAUCCCUCCAACUCCAGCAGUGAGCCGGAGGAGAAUGAUGAGAGUGACCUCGGCGAGCUCUGCUCCGCGCUGCUUCGGGCUGGCCCCGGGCAGGGAUACCCGUGACCCCACAGGCCGGUGUUCCUGGUCUCAGGAACUGCUGUGGCAACCGUUCUUGAAGUGCUGAACACAUCAGAGUCCAGCAGCUGCUUCGCAGCCUGGCCGUUGCCCUAUCCCAACGAGGCCAAGACUGCUUUUCUGGAAAGGUUUCUCAUAUCGGCUCCCCACAGUGUGCAGGGCCAGAUGCCCAAUGGAAGCCUUCUGGCUGCUGAGGUCCUGUGAAAGAAGGAACAUGGGGAUCGAAGGCUCCUUGAGAGGUCAAGGAUGGUGGGGCAGGGAGGGUCCAACCUCGACCUUCUGCCUUGCUUGAAAAAAAGGAUGGAGGAGAGCAUUUCCUCCUGUCCCACAGGAGCAGUUGGGAUUGGUGUGAAGUUGUUGUGUCUCUGGCAGAAGACAGGGCCACCCAACAAGUUGUAACAUUUCAAGGCCAAAACCAACAUUGCUCGGAGCCCAGGACACCAGCUGAUAGUUUCUGCUCGUUGGACUGUGCCCGACAGCAACUGUUGCAGCGUUAAAGGUGUUCAGAAACCCGGAGAUGCUGCAGCCCCUGCGACGGCAGCAGCGUGGCCUCGGAAUCCAGCUCUGGCUGCUGACUCUCAUCGGGCUCGUGUGAGGGACACAAGCUUCAACGAGGGACCCAGGUGAAGCUGUGUGAACAUAUAAGCUCUCUGCAGGGUCGCGGUGGGGUUUGCUCUCGCAUAAGCCCUGCCUGCACUGAAGCGGGUUUAAGUUAUGUCUUUAUGUAUUUCUAAAAAUGUAUUUAUACUGGGGCAAGGCAAUCGCUCGCCAGGAGAAGGAAGGUCAGAUGUUCCGUCAAGUGUGUGUUUACAAUGAAGGCAGGUUUUCCACUUCCACAUGCCCCUUCUGGCAUGGAGCACUGGGGCAUUAAAGCGUGUGAAGUCCUGUGCAGUCCCAGGUGCCUCUCGGAUGCAGAUUUCCUGCACGUGGGAGGUGGAAUCAUAGAACCAUAGGGUGGUUUGAGUUGGAAGGCACCUUAAAGCCCAUCCAGUUCCACCCCCUGCCAUGGGCAGGGACACCUUCCACUGGAUCAGGAGGCUCCUCCACUGUCAGGGCAGAGCGUUUCUGGCUCCCACAAUCAUGGCAGGCAUCAUCUCUUGGGAAUGUGCAUCUCAUUCUUAGUGAGGCUGUGUUUAUUUUCUCUGAAUAAAACACUAUUGGUGUUUUUGGAUGCACAAAGCUUCACGUGGCUCCAAUUCACUGAGGGUUUCCCUCUCAUUGUGACCUAACCUUGACUGAAUGUUCCUCAUGCUUUGAACUCCAGCUUCCAGGCUCCAAUGUGUGAGGGCUGUUUUUUUCUUCAGGGAACUGCAUAUUGAAGUGGCCCAGGUGGCCAAGAAGGCCGCCAGCAUCCUGGUUUGACUCAGCCAUGGGGUGGCAGCAGGAGCAGGGAUGAGUUCGUCCCCUGCACUCCCUGAGGAGGCCACACCUUGACUCCUAGGUUCAGUUCUGGGCCCCUUGCUCCAAGGAGCUGGGAAGAGUCUGGAGAACAGGGGUUGUGGGAGCAGCUGAGGGCCCUGGGGCUGCUUAGCCUGGAGAAGAGGCUGAGGGGAGACCUCAUCGCUCUCUGCAGCUCCCAGAAAAGAGGGUGGAGCAAGGUGGGUGCUGGGCUCUGCUCCCAAGGAACAAGGUGUGGGAUGAGAGGAAAUGACCUUUAAAUUGUGCCAGGGCAGGGGUGGAGUUUGGAGGGGUUCACAAAAUAUAUGUCCAUGGCACUCGGGGACAGGGUUCAGUUGGUGCGGGGAGGGGGGGUGGGGUGGGCUGGGUGAACUUAAGGGUCUUUUCCAGACUCAAUGAUUCCAUGAUUCUAUGAAAUAAUAUCAGGUGAAAUGUGUAGAUGAAGUGUCAGAACGCAUUAUCCCUUGAAUCUGUGCUUCCAUCUCCCAUAAUGGAAGAUGGGAGACUCAUCCAAGGUUACUGGGCUUCUCUGGACCACAUCCUUGUUGCAAAUGAGUUUUUUUCCGUAAAACUCAUAUUUAAAUAAAAGUGCAACUUUAAACAGAGUUUGAUGAUAGAGUCACUCUGCCACUGACUGCAUGGAGGAAACAGAGGACAAUCAGGUUGUACAACGGUGGAACUGUGGGCUUUGAGGUCCCUUCCAACCCAUUCCAUGAUUCUGAGGUUUUGUAGACAAGGGCUGACCGGGAUGAUUUCCUGAGCUGAUCUGCUAGGAGAGGUGCUGUUUUUCUAGUAUGGGCUCAUCGGGUGAGCAUCACCGCUGAAGUACCAGGUGGUGGCACUCUCCUUCCUAUAGGUGUGAGCAGACAGGAGAUGCCAAGCUCAGGACCUGUAAUUGACUGGAAUGGUGGUACUGUCAGCGGUUGUGUCACGGAUGGCCUUUUCUCCAUCCUGCUUUGCGCUUGGAGACACCCACGGCUGUGCCUCCUCUCUCCUCUCCUUGGCAAUCGUCCUGCUUCGAACAGGAGGUUGGACCGGGUGCCUUCCCACCACCACUCUGUGUCUGCUACCAGAACAUGCACCCCAAAGAACAGACGCGAACAGUGAGCAAACUGGGGGAGGCCUGACUGGGUUUACAGUGAACACUCCCUGUCCAAAAAGCAAAUGAGGAUGUUGGUUAAGCUCAUUCACUUCUGAAGAUAAAAACUUCUGGCAGGUCUAGAAAAUAAGGGAAAGGUGGUAAAAGAGUUAAUUUGAAAAUGUAAGAUGGUUCGGAUUUGGUUCUUCUGGGCUUCCCAAACAAGCAGAUUGUUCAGUUAUGAAACCAGGAGGGUGGCUUUCAUGGAAUCAUGGAAUGUUUUGGGCUGGGAAGGGACCUCACAGCCCAUCCAGUCCCACCCCCUGCCAUGGGCAGGGACACCUCCGACUGGAUCAGGGGCUCCAAGCCCCAUCCAACCUGGCCUGGAACCCCUCCAGGGAUGGGGCAGCCCCCACUGCUCUGGGCAACCUGGGCCAGGGCCUCCCCACCCUCACAGCAAAACAUUUCUCCCCAAGAUCUCACCUCCAUCUCCCCUCUUGCAGCUGAAAACUGUUCCCCUUGUCCUAUCCCUGCACUCCUGUUUUAAAUAAAAGGGGUGAGUGAGGGAAGCCGCGGCUGCCCCAUCCCUGGAGAUGUUCACGUCCUGUGAAGACAGCAAGGCUGAUAUGGCUCCAGCUAAAGGCCGAUGAACGCUCUCGGUGUGUGUCUGGGCCAGCCACCCCUCUGCAGAGAGCCGGGUGCCUCUUUGGAAAGCAAAGGCAGAGCAGAGUUGGUGUCGCUAAUGGUAAGAAAUUCUUGAUAGCGCAGCCUCUUCAAGUGGUCCCAGCGUUCCCUCCUCUGUCAGAGAUCAUUUCAGUGCCUGCUUUCCCAUUGCUCCUAAUCACUUGAAAUGAGGCCCGUGACAUCGUGGGGCACUGAGAAGCCUCUCACCAAACAAAUAAGGUUCCUUGAAGUGCUUGAAGUUGCAUCUUAUCUUCACAGCUUGGAUAACCUUUUGCAUAAUAAUUAACAAUUUCGAAUGCAUUGGUCACAUCAGCUCCUGAAGAGAGGGACGGCGCCCUUUGAAAUUACAGACCCGACUUGGCACGAAGGAGAAGCACUGACGUGGUGUCACCCCACAACGAGGAGCUAAGGUCUCUUUGAUAAAGCUGUCUGCGCUGAGCUGGGGUUUGUGCCAUGGUGUCAGGAAUCAUUGAUGAGACAGACGUGUUAUUAAGUGGUAAAAAUAAACAGAUGGCAGAGACAAGGGAAGAGAUUUCAGCUCUGACUUUCCAGAAUGCUUCAGCAAAGAGUAACCUCCUUGUUCCCAUUUCCUACCAGAGAUGAGAGCCAUGAGAUGCUGCGUGGUCACAGAUCCUAGGGCACGCACCGUAACACUGGACUCCAAACCCUUGAGCCAACGGCUUGACCUCGGUGCCCUUCACGGUGUAAAAGGUGGGCUGGACAGCCAAGCCCAGAGAGUUGUGGUGAAUGGAGCUAAAUCCAGUGGACAGUCGGUCACAGCAGUGCCCCCGGGGAUAAGUGUUGGGGCUAAUCCUGUUUGAUCUCUUUCGUCAUGAACGGGAUGAGGGGAUCGAGUGCUCCCUCAGUCGGUUCACAGAUGGCACAAAUUUGGACAGGAGUGUGGAUCUGCUGAAGGGCAGGAAGGCUCUGCCAAGGGACCUGGUCAGGCUGGACCCUGGGGCUGUUUACCCUGGAGAAGAGGAGAUGAGGGGAGACCUCAUCGCUCUCUGCAGCUCAUGGAGAGGAGGUUGGAGCGAGGUGAGUGCUGGGCUCUGCUCCCAGGGAAUAAGGGAUGGACGAGAGGAAACAGCCUCAAGUUGUGCCAGGGGAAGGUGAUAUUGGACAGCAGGAAACAUUUCUUCCCUGGCAGUGGUGAAGCCCUGGCAGAGGCUGCCCGGGGCAGGGGUGGAGUCCUCAUCCCUGGAGGGGUUCACAAAGUGUGUGGCCGUGGCACCUGGGGACAGGGUUCGGUGGCCAUGGGGGCUGGGCUGGCGGUUGGGCUGGGUGCCUUGGCUGCUGGGGCUCUGCUGGGGCUCUGCUGGGGCUCUGCUGGGGCUCUGCUGGCUCAUGGUCAACUCGCUGUCAACCAGAACCCCCAGACCCUUCUCCACAGGGCUGUUCCCCAGCCUCACGCUCCCCGGUCUGUGUGGACACCCAGGGUUCCCGUGUCCCACGUGCACAACCCGGCCCCUGCCCUUGUUAAACCUCCCACAGUCAGCGAUGGUCCAGCUCUCCAAGGAAUCGGCUGCUGCUCCCGGCCGUGGCUCCUGCCCAGCCUGUGCGAUGGAGUGUUAUUGGAAAAGCAGAGGGAGCUUCUGCUCUAUCACUGCAGCCCCUCCUGCCCCCCCCCUUACCUUUCUGUGCUGCUUAAUAUCAAUUAUGAAAUAUUAAACCAGAUAAAUACCUUUGACCUUUCCGGAUGAUAAGAAAAUACAUCGUUUUGCUGCCCAAAAUGCCAUUGUUUUCUCUGGAAAUGCUAAUGGGAUUGUGUAAAGGUUAUUUCAGCCUCCUCUCAAGUCUGGAGCCGUGGA